CGGCAGAAUGCACUCCCUCAAUUUAUCCAACGACAUGUCACACUCCCCAGUAUUGGAUAGGUCCUUCGGAGGGACGUGCAGUAGCUCCAUUAUGGUAAGACGUUCACAGUUUUCAACGCUGAGAUGGAGAUGCGAGAAUCUUGACUUCACUCUUGUCAAUCCACACCAUGUCAAAACAAACGAUCAAAGUGCCCAAACCGGGCUGCUACGUCCCAGCAAUCACCUUCUUCGAUGCCAACGAGGACAAAAUCGACCUUCAAGCACAAGCCAAAUUCUACAAAUACCUCGCGGGCACCGGCUUGCAAGGGCUUGUCAUCCUCGGCACCAACGCAGAAACAUUCCUCUUGACUCGAGACGAACGACGAACGCUGCUUCAACUGGCCCGGCGGACGGUGCCCAAAGGCUUUCCCAUCAUCGCCGGAGUCGGCGGCCACUCUACCGCCCAGGUUCUCGAGUACAUCCUCGACGCUCACGAGGCAGGCGCAGACUACGCUCUCGUUCUCCCCUGUGCAUACUUUGGCAAACAGACGACGCCAGCCGUAGUUCAGCGCUUCUUCAAUGAGGUCGCGCGACAAUCGCCUCUGCCAAUCCUCAUCUACAACUUUCCCGGCGUCUGCAACGGCCUCGAUCUCGACUCCGACUUGAUCACUGCCAUUGCCAAACAGAAUUCAAACGUGGUCGGCGUUAAAUUGACCUGCGGCUCCGUUGCCAAAAUCAACCGCCUCGCCGCCGUCUUCCCGCAAGACCGCUUCGCCGUGUUCGGGGGGCAAGCCGACUUUCUCCUCGGUGGACUGGCAAGCGGGAGUGCAGGCUGCAUCGCCGCAUUUGGAAACAUCUUCCCGCGAACCAUCGUGGAGAUAUUCAACCUCUGGAGAGCAGGAAGGCGAGAGGAGGGGUUGAAGUUGCAGUGGGCCGCGGCGUUGGCCGAGUCCCCGACCAAAGCCGGUAUUGCGAAUACCAAGUAUGCGACGGCGGUGUUUGCUGCGCCCAGGGCGGGGAUUGAGAAUGCGGAUGUCUUGUUGAGGCCUAGGCAUCCUUAUGAAGCGCCCGCUCCUGCUGCGAGGAAGGUGAUCGGGGAGGCAAUGCGGGAGCUGGAUCGAUGUGAGCGGACGCUGGGCGGGGGAAGAGGGUCGAAGUUGUGAUGAAAUCCUCCAUCUCGUCUGUAAUCGUGCACUGGCUUCUACAGACUCGAAGCAUCCACCAGAGUCCGAGUGGAGCAAGCACUUCUGUUGUACGUGUGGCCAACCACGAAACAGCUUCAAGGCUCUCUCAUCGGGCAGCAAAGCCGACUCUACUCGCUGUCAAUCUCAGUCCAUCCCCUUCCAACCCAAAUAUUGCAACACCACAAUUUCACCAGUGCCGGUCAAAAGUACGAGACGAUCCGCGGCUUUUCCACAGCCGUGUCCAGCCGCGAUGAGGUGUACGCAACAGGUCACGUGAAAGGCUGAAUGUUUAAACGGGGCGAGUCGGCAGAGCGAGC